UGUGAACAUCCAUUCCACUGACAUUUUACGUCACAUUUUUCGAAAAAAAAAACAAUGGAUUCCCUAGAAGAAGCUGAUACCUCACAUCCUCAGCUACUGCAUCGCUACCUCUCGCAAAAUGACGUUGAACAUCUUUAUCGCAUUUUCAACAAGCGGAAGCAGCUACUUCCGGAAGAACUACGCACUGAGUUGACCGACCUUACCGGGGUGGAAUUCCAAGAUGAAGAGUUUCAAACCCUGUUUAUGAAAAUAAACGCAAACAAGGAUGAGUACUGCCAAUGGGAUGAACUUGUGAGCUACCUGAUUCUGGGAUUUCAAAACGAUGACCCUCUGGCGGUUCAGGAAUCUCUGGAUCUGCCCAUUUCCCAGGACAUGGGCAUGAAACUCGGACGACAAACAUAUCCGGUUACUAAGAUCCAAUAUGCACCGUUGGUCUCUUAUGAUGGGACUGUUAACUGGUCACAAGGUUUUUGGGUGACAUCUACCCGUGAAGCUGUUAUCAACUUUUGGAAACGAGACUGGAAACAUCUCAAAACUGGAAAGGCUUUCAGCGUGGAUCUCAAACGUAUCAAGACGAUGGUUCUGGAUACGGCAAUCCUCCCAGAUCAGAACUACUUCUGCGUUGCAUGUCUGGAGUGUGAACUUCGCUUCUAUGAUAUUAUAGCAUCCGGCUUCACGCUUAAAACGAUUAUCAAUCGAAUUCCCAAUGCCAUUAAUUCCCUGUACUACCAUUUCUCACCUGAUACUCGUAGCAAAAUGAUUUUGGGUGAUUAUGUGGGCCACGUGAGAAUGAUUGAAUUCUUCCCGGAAAACAAAGAACCAUUCAAGUUCGAUGCGGCCACUGCCAUAACCAGAAUGGCUUUCUGUGAUUUGGUCGGAGGGCUUUGUCCUCAGAUGACAUGCGUAGACUAUGGGCGUCUGCUUCCAGAUAUCGUACGCCAAGUGGAGUUUAUUGAAUCGAGAAACAGCUUUGUGGCAUGCUCGGAAAAUGAUCCAUUGGUGCCGCAUCAUCUGCGGAACAAGUUACAAGUUUCAUUGGUGAUACAACACACAAGGAAGCUUGAUAGGAGAACGAAAUUCAAAGUAUUCAAAGGGGUUACGUGUUUCGCAUUCGAUUCGAUUAAGGAUUUCCUCGUGACGGGAGGUCCCGAUGGUCAGCUAAGAUUGUGGGAUAGUCGACGACCAGACAAACCAACAGAGAUUUUGGCUGGACAUAACUCCGCAGUUGUUUUCAUGUUUCUUCAAGACGAAUCACUAAAACUGUACAGCAUGGAUCAGAAAAAAAUUGUGAAGAUAUGGGAUGUUCCGAACAGAACGUUGAUUCAAACUUAUAGUCAGUUUUCCUCAAGUUUGUUCAAGACGGUUCCAGCCUGUGCAUAUUACAGCGAAUUGAAUCGUGAGUUGGUGGUUGGAGCCAAUAAAGUUCUAUCUGUUAGCUGUUGUCCGAAGAUUGCGUUAGAGGUAACCGACGGUGAAAGCCAUACUCAACCAAUCUCCGUUCUUCUGCACAAUCCAUUAUUCAAAGUAAUCGUGAGUUGUGGUUUGGAUAGCUUCAUAAUCGUAUGGGACUACACCGGGAAUCGAAAGCUGACAAUCAUCCAAGACGCUCACACCGAAGUGAUUCAUGGUAUAUUGGAGAAGGUUCAAAUCACAGCUGCCUGUUUCGAUCCAAAACUUCAGUUGAUGGUGACUGGAGCUCGUAAUGGAGAACUGAAAAUAUGGAACUUUAACAGUGGAUCGCUAAUGAGCUGUAUGAGUAUUGGGUCAGAAUGUGAAGUAACUGCUGUUUUUUGGGAGCGAACCGGGAUUCUGGCUAUGGGUUGGAAUCACGUGAUAGUAGAAUUUCCUGUUGGAUCUACUGGAAUAGAUUUUCCAUCCGGAGUCGAAUGGCAGAAACUACACUCGGACGAUAUUCUAUGCGCGUCAAUCAAUCGUACGGAGCCCAAGGCGUUAGCUUCCUGUAGCUAUUCGGGAGAAAUCAUUCUCUGGAUGCUCGAAACAGGUCAGGCGUACAAAAGAUUCGAUGCUGCGAAACCACGUCAGAAAAUCCCGGUGAACUUUAAAAAGAAGAGAAUUCCUCAGCCUACACGAAGACAAACACGAUUGUCAAUUUUCCAGCCCCAAGAGCACUGGCGUCAACGACGGCUAACGAGAAUUGUGAUGCCGGCUACUGCUGAACUUUUGCGUCAAUUGACCAUACAUAAUCUGCUGUUUCUAGAAGCGCGUCCCUUUCAUCCGGAUUAUGGAACGCUGUUGGCAUCGUUGGACACCGGAAGGAUACUAGUUUUUUCUCAUCAUCCUGAUGGAGGAUAUAUGGGGGCAUUCAGUGCUGUACACAUGGCAGGCGAUCGGGUAAUUAUGAUGACGACCGAUUCUGACAAUAGGUUCCUGUUCACCGGAACCUAUCUAGGCUACAUCAAGAUUUGGCUACUUGAAAAUUAUUUUAUCCCAAGCGGGAAACAACCUAAAGUGAAUCGCGCAGCUUUGAGAUUGCAAUUCCCGUUCCUGAUGGAUGAUGUUGUUCCAGGCCGUGCCAAACGUUCGGUCGCUAAUCAACCGAUGCCAAUGCUGCUGAGUUCGUAUCAAGCUCACCGAACUUGUGUGACCGAUUUGGUUUAUAUGCAUGCGUCGCAGUUGUUGGUUUCCGCCAGCAGCGAUCGUACGAUUCGCAUAUGGACCAUUAGUGGUCGCUACGUUGGAUUACUUGGAAGCCCGGUUAAAUGGCCUACACUCGAUCCGGAUCAUCCUAUAGCACGCAACUACAACUUCCGUAUUCCGCCGGAUCUCCAUCGAGAAGUGAGUUUCACGACUGCCCAGGUGCUCCGAGGUGGCGAGCGAUUCAUCAAGUUCAAGAGUCGAAUCCUACAAGAAGCCAGCGAACGCAGACGUACCGAAGCGAUAGAAACCUACGGAAAACCGUUAGAACCUCCUUAUCUUAAUACGGCUACAUUUCCAUACGGACCACACACCUCGUACCAUCCGGAUCCAAAGCUGGAUUUAUCCUUCAGACAAACUCCCAUUUUCGAGCAUCUCAGCAUUCCAAAUAUGCUCAAGAUGAAACCCGUCGACAGUGAGAGAGCAUUGCAGGAUGCAAAACAGUUGGAUUUCUCCAACGAUGGAGACCGGAUUGAUUCAUACCACGAGAAAAAAGACAGCAUAUUCAAAUAGAAAUGGGGGAACUGAAAUACAAUUUUGAAUUCCGAGCUUAA